GGGCGAGGAGGCCUACGGCGCUUAGGUUUUAUUUCACUGGGUCGCUUGCUUUAUCUUCCCUCAUUUCUUCUGUGGUCGAGCAGCAGCAGCUGCUAUCAGCAUCGCUUUGUUCGUCUUCUCUCCUCACCGAGCUGCAGAUCAAAUCUUUAUUGCUUGGUUCUUGAUUCGCCAAGGUUGAAAUGGCCAAAACAAAGAACCCAACCGUCUUCUUGGACGUGGCUAUUGGUGGGGGUCCUGCAGAAAGGAUGGUCUUUGAGUUAUUUGCCGACAUUGUUCCCAAGACCGCUGAAAACUUUCGUGCACUCUGCACAGGUGAGAAAGGAGUUGGAUCCACAACUGGGAAGCCUUUGCAUUACAGGGGAUCUAUCUUUCAUCGCAUUAUCAAAGGGUUCAUGGCACAAGGCGGUGACUUUUCGAAGCGAGAUGGAACAGGUGGAGAGAGCAUAUAUGGUGGAAAAUUUCCAGAUGAAAAUUUCAUUCUGCGCCAUGAUGGUCCUGGUCUUCUAUCUAUGGCAAAUGCUGGUCGUGACACUAAUGGCUCCCAGUUCUUUAUUACUUUCAAGGCUGCUCCCCAUCUUGAUGGGAAACAUGUUGUUUUUGGGAAGCUUAGAUCUGGAGAAGAAAGUUUGAGGAACAUAGAGCAUGUUGAAGUUGAUGGUUCCAAACCUGUUGUUCCAGUUAAGAUUACUAACUGUGGUGAAUUUAAUGCCAGUAAAGACCAUGGAGCAGUUAUGCUGGAGAAUGACAAAAAGAAAGUUGCUAAAUCGAAAUCAGUGAAGGAUUUCUCUUCUGAUGAUGAUAGCCAUGAAGGACGCCGUAGGGGACGUCACAAGAAAUCUUCUAAAGGAAGGAGGAAGAAAAGGAGAAGAAGAUAUUAUUCAUCAGAAUCAGAUAGCUCAUCGGAUACAGAAACUGAAUCUUCAGAGUCAGACAGUGAUUCUGAUUUUUAUUCAUCGUCAUCUGAUAUCAGCAGUUCAAGUGAUGACAGGCGGCGGCGAAGGAAGAAGUACUCUAGGCGAGACAAAUACAAGCGUGGGAAAAGGAAGAGGGAUAGGAGGCGAGAUAAAAGGCGUAGAAGGCGUGAUAAAAAAUCGAGGCGCAAGUUAAGAAGGGUAUCUGAGAGCGACACAGAAACUGAGAGUACAAGUGGGGGCAGCCCUGAUGAUGUUGGAGAAAACAAACAACACCGAAUGCGGAAGUCAAAAGUAUCCUCUCAGAUUUCUGUUGAAGACCUUCCACCACCAGAUGCGGAGAAGGAAACUAUUGCAAAUUGGACAAAAGAGGGUGAAACAAUUGAGAUGCGUGCAGGAGAAGCAGCCAAAUCCCCAAGAGAAAAUGGGGAGAUGCGGAGCAAUGGCAUCACAGAACCAAAAUCAGACAGAGAUGAUGAGAAUAGGCUGCUAGUUGCAGAUGGCAAGCCACACAAAUCUAGGAGCCAAAGUGUGAGUGCUAACCAGUCCAUGAGCAAGAGUAUGAGUAUCAGCCCCGGACGGAGUCAAAGCAAAAGCCAGAGUGUCAGCCCUAGAAGGUCUGUGAGCAGGAGCCCUCCACGAAGUCUUAGUAGAAGCCCUGUUCAUGCACAGCGAAGGAGUAGUCUAAGUCCAGCUAGAAGAAGUUUCAGCAGAAGCCCAGUUAGAAGUGUUGGCAGGAGUCCAGUUAGAAGGGUUAGCAGGAGUCCAGUGGCCAAAAGCCGGAGAAGCAUAAGCAGAAGCCCAAUUAAAGUUCGUCCGAGAAGCUUCAGCAGAAGUUCAGGUAGAUCCCUGCCUCGAAGAAGUCCUAGUAGGAGCCUGGAGGGGGCUUCUAGGCGAAGAAGCAUAAGCAGAAGCCCUGUCAGGGAGAAACAAAGGAGCAUUAGUCGAAGCUCAGCAAGGCCUCUAGCACGGAGAAGUCCCAGCAGGAGUCCAAUAAGGCCUCCCAGGAGAAGAAGUAGAAGCCCUGCACGGGAUGCACGAAGGAGCCGCAGCAGAAGCCCUGUAAGGUCAACCCGUAAAAGCAGAAGCCGAAGUCCUGUAAGGUCUCGAUCACGAAGAAGCAUCAGCAGAAGCCCGAUGAGUCUUGUUCGCAGGGCAUUAUCACCACCAUCUAACCAUGGUAGAAGUUUGUCAAGAAGUGCUUCCCCAGAUGGUUCACCAAAGCGCAUCAGAAGGGGUCGAGGUUUCAGCGAUAAGUACUCGUAUGCUAGAAGAUACCGGACCCCUUCUCCUGACCGUUCUCCUGUUAGAUCUCAUCGCUAUGGUGGUAGAGGUGAUCGUGAUAGGUAUUCUAGCUACAGAAGCUUCCGUGACCGUACGCCCCCGAGACGAUAUAGGAGCCCUCCAAGAGGAAGAACACCUACCAGGUACAGAAGCAGGAGGAGCCGCACUCGGAGUAUUUCACGUAGCCCAGUUGGUUACCGUGGCCGGGCAAAAGGUGGCUAUAGUAGGAGCCCAGCCCGCAGUCGUUCACCUGCUGCUGAGAGAGUAAGUUCCCGUGGUGCACGAGAUGGGGCCCGUUUUGAGAAGCGUAGGUCAAUUUCCAGGAGCAGAAGCCCAUCUGGAUCGCGCUCCAGGUCGCCAUCCAGAUCCAGGUCCAGGUCUCGGUCAUCCCCUGAUACUCCCUCUCCAAAGCGCGUGAGCAAGGAGAUGUCAAGGUCACCAUCCUCCAGUUCUGGUGGGAGGAAAGGCUUGGUUUCAUAUGGAGAUGGGUCACCUGAUUCUGGUGGCAAGUAGGGAACGAAAUUUUUAUGAGCUUACACAGUUUAUUAGAUCAGGAUGUCUUAGCUGAGUAUUAUUUUGGUGCCAAGUAUGUUCAAAAAAAAAAAGUUUUCGUCGGGAUUUGUUUUGUCGUGCUCUGAUGGAUCUAUCAUAUACUUCAUAAGCUACCGUUUAUGUUCUAUAAUAUGUUGGGAGCUUGAAUUUAUAAACAUA